ACCUAAUCUAAUGUACAUAUCCUCCGUGAUGUGAAUCGUGAACUGAGACAUACCUUACAUUGUGUAUCGCACAAUAGAAUGAUUGGCUUCUGUUAGAGCGCUUCCAUUCCUCUUCGGACUCGAUGUCUCAGAACUAAGCGCCCCGUCUUGAGUCACCGCUGUAGGCAUCACAUGCCACAUGCUAAGCCAUCAAGGAUUACAAACACAAACAUCAUGAGGUGUCCCUGUUUUCCUCUCAAAUUUUCUCUCAUUCUCUAAUUUCUCCGCCGCUUUGUUGUUGUCCUUGAAAUCGCUACUACUCAUUACGCCCCCUAGUCAGCAGACAUAAAGCUUCUAGUGCGUUUAUCCACAAAGAGAUUAUUCACAAAGAAAAUAUUUGUUCUCCUGCAGAAGCUGUCUCCUCGAGUCUAUACAUACUAGCCCUUAGCUUUUAUGAUGAUAUCGAUUGAAAUUUACCACCAUGGCUCACUUCUCAAUUUUUACGCUUCCUUUCAGGAUUCUCAAGGCAUUAUUGCUCAUCUUGCUUACGCCAAUCUUCCAUAUAAUUUCUUGUCUCCUUUCGGUCUUCACGCGCGUAGCACGCUAUUUCUCCAAGAACAAGGCUCCCAGCUUGUCACUUAAGACCUCGCAACAACCUAAUGACGUCCUGUGUAAUCGAGAGAAGGGAAAACUGUUGAACGCCUGGUCGGCAUCGACUACUUCCAAGGUCCUUUUUGUGACCAUAGAAGCGAAUCUAUCGAAUGAUAAAACAUCAGUAAUUUCGGAAAUCGCUGUAUCUGGUUGGUCUCCUGACAGGUCACGAAUCUUCGAGCCAUCUCUCUGGGUGGUUGAGAACAAUGAUCUCGAUGCUACAGAACACGUGUCACACGGUCAAGACUUCUGGACCGAAGAUAACCGACACUACAGGAAGUGAGGCUAUAAGCGAUUAAAUAAGAACAAUCUAUUAAUUACAAAAGGACCAACAGUUAAGGCAUAAGUGCCCAAUAAAAGGAAGGGAAUCAUAAAUUAAAUAAGGCUUAAAUAAGUAUAAAUAGCUAAAGAAUCUCCUAUUUUAAAGUAAAAAAAAAG